GAUCUGCCAAUGCGAGGGGUCUUAAAAACUAACAAUGCUCGCAACUCUUCUCGUGAUGAUCAUCGCUUGGUUUGGUUUUAUCGUCCAAAUAACCAGCACCACCACCACCAGCAGCCGCCACAGCAAACUGGUAAGGCAAAUUCCUGCAAAAUACUCUGUUCAUUUUGGUGCUUUAAUUUUCCAUCAGGAUAUGAACUUGGGCAGCAAGUAGGGCGCUUUCUUGAGAGAUGCAUUAGCGAAAAGGGUGGGUUGCAGUUUCUUGGGGUGCUUGAUUUAGAAGGUGUGGAUAAACCUUGUCUACCUGAGGCAAUUGGAGAGUUAAUAAACUUGAGGUACCUUGGGUUAAGAGAGACCUACUUGGACACACUCCCUUCAAAUAUAGGCAAGUUGCUGAAACUCCAAACAUUAGAUACAAAACACACCUAUGUCCGCAAUUAUCCUCGUUCUAUUCAGAAAUUGAAAAAACUAAGACACCUUCAUCUGAACGAGUUACAAUAUUCAAGUGAACUUGUUUCACGGUUGAGUCAAUUGAGUGAUCUCCGGACAUUAUCAGGUGUAGUUGUAAAUGAGUUGGAUCUUGUGAAAAAGAAGGAUUAUGGUCUUUGUCUGUUAACUAAUCUCAGGAAACUGAGAUUGACAUGCCAGUUCAAUAAUCCACAGAGAAAAGAGACAGUAGUACUGAACCAUUGGUUGGAGGGAUUGGAGCACCUCCAUUCAGUAAAGUUAAGUGCCAAAGACCAUAAAAAUCAAUUGGCAACCAUAGCUGAUUUGGAGUUUGUGACCAAAAACAAGGAACUCAGCAAUCUGUACUUGCUAGGAAGGUUGGACAUCCAAUUUGAUCUCAAUAGAUUCCCAGAAAAUCUCACCACACUCACAUUGUCAGGGUCUGAGCUAACUGAAGACCCAAUGCCAAAAUUAGAGAAGCUACCCAAGCUACAAUUCCUUAGGUUAUUGUCUGAAUCUUUCAAGGGCCAGAACAUGGUUUGUUCAUCAGGAGGGUUUGGCCGGCUUCGAGUCUUAAGGAUUUGGAAGCUUGAAGAACUGCAGAAAUUGAGUGUGGAAGAAGGGGCCAUGCCAUAUCUGGAGGAGUUAGAGAUUAGAUAUUGCAAAAACUUGAAGGAGCUUUCUCGAGUGCCAGAGACCCUUAAUGAAUUGAAGUUGACCAAAAUGCCAGAGGAAUUCACCAGGAAAUUUGUGAAUCUCAAAGUUGUCAAGGUUUUGAUAAGAGUUUAACUAAAUGUAGUUUGCUCCGGGCCUGGAGGAUUUCUGGAUUUUUGAACAGAACAUGCGAAGUUGUCAACAGACUUUCUUUGUUUGCUGGAUUGGCUCUUCUUUUGAAUUUCA